AUGUCCGUGCUGCUGGUCCCUAUGGGCCGUGAGCCUAGAGGAAGCUGGCAAACCAAACAGGAGAGCCAACUGGUGGAAGUUCUCAGCUCAUCCAAACCUGAGGCCUCCCUGGUGCAUUCAUGCAUGGGACGCUCCCUGCAGGCCUCCACGUGCAUUAUAAACGCUGGUGAAAAAUGGGGCUGUGGAAGUCAUGGGCAGAGUGCUGUAGUCCUGUGCUGCUCCCUGAGCAAUUUCCACAGCCUCUCAAACACAGAAGCAGCAUUUCAUGAAGAGAAGGCAAAUGGCCAGAAGACAAUAAAAGGAAACACAUGGAGGGUAUGCAUGGCUGAGAACACAACACCAGGAAGCACUGGGCCGAGUUUAGUGGUUGGUGCUGGUCUCAUGUCUGACAUGAAGGGAGGUUUUGCUGAAAGGCUGAACCGACUCCACAGCAGACAAAAAUCAGCCAUCAGCUUUUGGAGACAUCAGUGCAACUCGAAUCCACAUCAGCUGGUAAGACGAUCCAAUCUGAAUCUGAAGACUCAAUUACGUCUUUCUGAGAGGUCAGGGGUUUUGGUGCUGAGGAUUCUGGGAGUUCUGGAGGAAUGUGGCAUGCAGGCGGCUGUAUGCAACAGGCUGCCGGAAGAGAAAAGUGUGUGGCUCUUUUCAGCAAGGACACGGCCGCCCAGUUACAGCCUGCGCCUAGGAAACAUUGUCCACAUCUACCCACCAUGGCAGAAUCUGGUUGUGGAGGGUGAACGUUAUCCCAUAAUUCUCAACACCCACUUCAGUCAGAAAGUCUGCGAAGAGACUAAGCCGGAUAACGCGGGCGGUCCGAGAGCCGCGGUAUCUGUGGAGAAAUGCAGACCUCCGCCGUUAACCAGGAGCCUGUGGCGGUCAGGGACGAGCCAAGUGUCAGCCGAGACAUCCAUUCCCUGUAAACAGGUCGGUGAGUUGAACAGAAGCGUAGUGCGGAAGUCUCUGCUGGAUGCAGUGGAGGAUUGUGGGGCGUCCGGCUCUCAGAGCGGUCCUGUUGAAGUGGUUGUUCAGAGGGUCUACUGCAUACCCAUCGCCAAGUCCCUACACAGAGAUUCUCUCCAGCACAGAGCACUCUAUAAACCUCCACCAGAAUCUGCACCACCUCAGCACAUCGGCAGGUUGUGCGCUCUUGUUCAGGACAGUUACGGGAUGUUCGCUGAGGUUCUUCUGCACCGUGUGUCCACAGAAUCGGAGAUCCAGCAGACUUCGGAGCAGCUGGAGGGACGUGUGUGUCUCCUCCAGGACCUGAGAGUCGUUCAGCGUCUCACGCGUGACAAAUGUUCUCCGCUCUUCAGUAUGAUUGACAGUUUGUGGCCUCCUCCGGUUGAUCCAAAAUCUCCCGAUGAUCUUCUGCAGUCUCGGCGAUCGAGUCCCACCCGGGGUCACAUGGUUCCUCUAUCGGGGCGGACUGAAUCUCCACUGUAUCGAGCGCCUGUACUUCAGACGUUAAGAGAGAUCCUUCAGCUCAAAUGCAGGGGAGAGAGAGAGAUGCUGCUGUUUGUGACAGAUCCCAGUCUCCAAAGGGAGCCAGACACAGACGGGAACAGAAGAACCGUAGCCAUGUGUCUGAGGCCGUCCUGCCUGAUCCAGAGCUCAGUCACACAGGUCCUGGACGCCCUGCACACACAACCUGUGCUGAUGUUCAGAGACGCCGUGAAGGAGAAUGCUCAGAUAUUCUGCUGGGAACAGACGGUGAUCCAACUGGAACCAAAGGUCCCGUCCUUCUCCUUACCACGGCCCAUCAUACUGGACCACCUGGGUCCAGAAACCCUCCCAUACUCUCUCUGCACUGUCACAGGGGUGGUUGUAGCAGUGGAUGAAAGCACAGCCUUCUCCUGGCCCACCUGUAGCCGGUGUGAGAGCUGCCGCUUAGAGACUCGAGAACAACAGAGAGGAUUCGUCUGCUUAGCGUGUGGAGCGGUGAUGGAUGAACCCACCACGAAGAUGCAGCUGGAGGUGUUUCUGAGCUGCUCUUCACUGAGCCGCUGCACGUCAAAAUCAAGUUGCAGCAAAAGACCAUUCGGUUACGGUGUGGAAAAUGUGCUUGGGUCGGAGAUCGGUCCUCUCUGCGUCUUGGUCCACGUGGUCGACGGAGGUCCCAGCGCCUGGAUGGGUUUGGAGGAGUGUGACCUGCGCUGACUAGCGCGCUUAUCUGUUCGUGUCGUGGUUUAAUAACAACAAUUAGUCAACGCUAGUCUUGCCUUGGUUGCAGACGUAUGUGAAUUGAACCAAAAAAGUGUAUAGUUCUGGAAUAACUGGAGUGCGACUGUUAAGAAAACCAGAACUAAUGAUAUUAGCAUGAAAGAUGCUCAUGGGAUGCCCAGCAUCAGCUGAUCUUUGUGAUGUCAAUCAAAUGAUAGCGUCUGCAUUACGGUGCUGUUUAAGUUCAAUUAUUUGUACGUUGUUGCUCUCUAUGACCGCUGAGCGCAUGCGUUCGCUAUAAAUAAAAGAUUUAUGCCACCAAAUAACUGAUCAAGUUGUUUUCAUGAUGAAUCAGUAUUAGUCUCUAAUAGCUAGUGUUCAAACUAUUGACUUUAUUCAUAAUUUUCAAUGCGUAAACAACAGCAAUAAAAACUAAUAUGUCCUAUGAAUAUUAUGUUUCAUUAUUAUUAUUCAUUUAAGCCACUGAAAUGAAUCUGCAACGCCUGUAAACUAGGAUCAAGUGCUUCUCCUUUUGUAGUCGCAUGCGGAGACCAUUGUUUUUCUUUCUUAAAAGCUGCACGAAUUUGUCUUAAACUUUUAAGCUUUGUUUUGAAAUACACGUAGCCCUUAUUUAAAAGCGAAACCAGCAUCUUCUGAAUUUACCUAAAACUCGCUCUGGUUAACUUUUAAAACUGAAACUGCUGUUUCUUGCAACCCGCCUGACUUUUAAGUAAAAAAAAAAUCUCCGUAGUCGCGAUCCAGUCGAGCUGAUUGACAGCUACACCUUUCUGCAGACCACGCCCCCUCGGACCACGCCCCCUUCCCCUGCACACAUGCGAGUUCACAUGGAUCUUUUUUGAAAAUAUCACGUCGUUUUAUUAUACAUUUGUACACACUGUACAAUUUGAAACAUGCUCUGGCAUUAAUACGAAGUUUUUGGGAAUUAUAAAACAGGUACCAUAAAAACAUAUAUGAAGUUUUUCUGUAAUAAUUUAGAAUACAAAAACAUUCACAAAAAUAAUCACGACGACACCCGCGCGGUGCCAAAGUCCAUCAUCCGAUGUGUAACUUAACGCACGUCUGCUACAGAAGAACACAGUCAUUCAAGUUCACUGAGGUAUGUUUUUG